GCUGGGCCCUCCCCCGGCGCCUGCAGCCUCCCGGAUCCCGCCCCUGCCUCGCUCCCGCCCGCCGCAGCCGCCCGCCCGCGGAUCCCGGAGCCGCCGGCCCCCGCAGAGGACCGACUGCCCAGACUGCGGGUCCCGGGGCUCCCUGGGCAGGGCCGAUCCCAGGGAGCCCCCCUGACUGCCUCCCAGAGCAGGGUGGGGAAAGGGAUCUUAGCCCGCCGCCGCCUCCGAGCGGGCCGCCAGAUUUUAUUUUCAGGUAAUCUCUACACCCAACGCGGGGCUCAAACUCACAACCUCGAGAUCAAGAGUCACAGGCUCCACCGAAGGAGCCAGCCAGGCGCCCCAAUGGCAGAGAAUUUGUUGUUGCCCUUCAGCACAUGUGGUCACCAUGAAGUGGGCCAUCGUGUCAUCGACCACAAUCUCAAGGAUUCCGGCGGCCUGAGAUGGGCGCCCGGCCUUCGCGGCGGCGGCUGCCCGCGGACCAGCCCAUAGCCUUGGACGCGCUGCCCCCGGAGCUGCUCGUGCAGGUGCUGAGCCACGUGCCGCCGCGCGCAUUAGUGACGCGCUGCCGCGCAGUGUGCCGCGCCUGGCGCGACGUGGUGGACGGGCCCACCGUGUGGCUGCUGCAGCUAGCCCGCGACCGCAGCGCCGAGGGCCGCGCACUCUACGCCGUGGCCCAGCGUUGCCCGCCCAACAACGAGGACGAGGAGUUCCCGCUCUGCGCCUUGGCGCGUUACUGCCUGCGCGCACCCCUCGGCCGCAACCUCAUCUUCAACUCCUGCGGAGAGCAGGGCUUCAGAGGCUGGGAGGUGGAGCACGGCGGGAAUGGCUGGGCCGUGGAAAAGAACCUAACACUGGUGCCGGGGGCUCCUUCCCAGACCUGCUUCGUGACUUCUUUCCAAUGGUGCUUCAAGAGGCAGCUUGUGGACUUGGUGAUGGAGGGGAUGUGGCAGGAGCUGCUGGACAGCGCCCAGAUCGAGAUCUGUGUGGCCGACUGGUGGGGUGCCCGCGAGAACUGUGGCUGCAUCUACCGGCUCCGGGUCCGCCUCCUGGACGUGUACGAACACGAAGUGGUCAAGUUCUCGGCCUCCCCCAACCCGGUCCUUCAGUGGACUGAGAGAGGCUGCCGACAGGUGUCUCAUGUCUUCACCAACUUUGGCAAGGGCAUCCGAUACGUGUCUUUCGAGCAGUAUGGGAGGGACACGCGUUCCUGGGUAGGGCACUACGGCGCCCUCGUGACCCACUCCAGUGUGAGGGUCAGGGUCCGCCUGUCCUAGCCGACCAGCCUGAGCCAGCCUUCCAGAGUGUACUGCCGUCUGCCAGACAUCAUCAGUCAAAGACAGCUUUGCAGUCGGGAGCCGGAUGCCUGUGGACAGUGAGGGUCCCAUGUGGCCCAUUCCUGGCACACCUGCAGUGAACCCCACUUGCUGCUUCAGCACGGUAUCACACAUGCUGUGCAAGAAACCAGGGAUCUAGGGCGCCUGGGUGGCUCAGUAGGUUGAGUGUCUGCCUCUUGAUCUCAGCUCAAGACGUGACCUCGUGGUUUGUGAGCUCGAGCCCUGUGUCGGGUUCCACGCGGACAGUGCAGAGCCUGCUUGGGAUUCUCUCUCCCUCUCUCUGCCCUCCCCUCACUCAUGCUCUCUCUCUCAAAAUAAAUAAAAUAAAAAAGAAAGAAACAAAAAGAAACCAGA